AUGAAGACGAUUCUGCUCCUACUCGUUGCCCUGGCUGCGGUCACCAGCCCAGCCUGGGCACUGCGUUGUCACGUAUGCAGCAGUGCUACCAACUGCAAGCAACCUCAGACCUGCCCCCCCAGUUCCCGCUAUUGCAGAAGUGUGACCACGGUGGAGCCUCUGACUGGGAACCUGGUGAAGAAAGACUGUGCGGACUCCUGCACACCUGAUUACAGCCAGCAGGGCCAGGUCAGCAGUGGUUCGGGGUUCACACAGUGCUGUCAGGGUGACCUGUGCAAUGAGAGGUUGAACAGUGCUGCCCCUCCACAUGCCCUGCUCAGCAUUGCCCCCCUGGGCCUGGCACUGACCCUGGGCCUUCUUGCUGUUGUCCCCGGCCUGUGACACCCCCUUCGUAAUUACCCUCGUGCCUUCCCUGGUUCCUCGUGGUCCCCUCCCUGACCAUGAUGGAGGUGCCACAUGCUGAGGCUGGGGGCUGCCUCUGAAGGCUGGGUCUGGGUCCUGGAGGGCACUGAGAGCUGAUACGGUGCGGUGCCUGCUGCGGGACAGGAGGAGGUAACCUGCUGCCCAGUAUGGAAGAUGGGCGACAGACAGGACUCCAUCCUCUCUGAUUUUGGAUUUGUUCCAUAUAUUUUUCUACUAG